AUGUCAGGCUACAAACUUUACUACUUUGAUACCCGAGCUCGGGCUGAGAUCGUUCGACUGUCUUUCGUUGCUGCGAAUAUGGAAUACGAAGACAUCCGAUUUACCAGAGAAGAAUGGGUCAAGGAGAAAGAAUGUGAGUAGAAAAUCUUGAAUGCAGUUUACAACAUAGCGCUUGUGUUCAAAACGUUAUCCUGAAAUAACUAACCUUUAACCGAGAAAGUUGGUUUGCAUAUAAAGGUUCAGGACUUGCAUAUUGAAUGACAAAUCGUCUCUCAUUGCUAAAACACAUUGUUUCUUAAAAAAAAAAGGGAAAAGAAAAGAUUGCGACUAAAACCGCAUGCUAUCCUCAUUAUCAUCACAAAAAUCGAUUCUUUCAAUUUACCGUGUGUUCUUUGUCGAAUAAAACUCAAUUUCAGUUAAGUACGAAUUAUCAUGCAGUGCAUGGGAACGUAUGCAAUGAUAAGAAAUUGGAGCCCCCCAAAAAAAUACUUAGGUAGUAGAUUUUCGCGAAAAAGGUCGGAAGGAUGACUACAAUCUAACAUUCUGUCCAUCCACCUGACCUAUCUUAAUUCCCUAAUUAAUUCGUAACGAUGACGAUGCAAGUUACUAGUUUCCAGAACUGAACCUCAGAACCAAAGGCUGUAGAGAUGAUUUGGGUUUUUCAGGAAGUGAAGCUGUCAGAAAGAUUGGCUUCUGUGAUCUUUCUCUCUAUUUUCAAUUUCAUUCCAAGAAAGAGAAAACCCUCAAGUUUGGCUAGGUUUCUGAAUAAUUUUAAAUCAUACAGCAGGAUUGCGUGACUAUGCCAUAGUAGAUAUUUUCGUCAACAAGAGUCAGAGCCGCCACUCGAAUAUUCACAUGAUUUCAUCCAAAAAUAAAUUAACAUGAUUAAAAACGAAUAUUAAAGAUAAUGCUUUAAUAGUUAUGAACUGACGCUGCACCUAAAGUUCCAACCAAAAGCGCGUGAAAAGUUGGCGGUAUUGCAAGCUGUCUGUUUUUGACAUUUUAUAAUAAUUUAUACCUACUAGAUUUUAUCUGAGUGGUUAUCUGGCAAAUGCUUUUACUUGUAUCGAAGACUCCUUUGGGAUAUGUUAACAAAAGGAAUUAAAUGCAUGUCAUAUUUAUUCAUGUGUCCAUUAUAUUUUUGUCUACAUGUAAGCAAACAUAAUGUGAUCAACAUGUUUACUUAUGGUUAAUUCAUUGCUUAUGCGCUCAUUCCUCUGAUAAGACAUCCCUUUACUGGUUAUUUCUUCUUGUCUCUAUUUAACAAUAAAUUUAUUCAAAUCCAUGUGUAUUUAUCUAUUUAUCUACCUUAAUAUAUCUCUCUCUAAGUAACUGUCUAUAAUCCAUUUAUCUGUUAAUUAACUUAAGUAUUGAUUUAUCAUCUAUCUUUCUAUUUAUUUUUCUAUUUCUUUUUGUCAGCUGGCAGACCCCCUCUUGGUCAGGUACCAUUUCUUGUGACCCCAGAUGGAAAAGUGCUCGGACAGUCUCAAGCAAUCAUGAAGUAUGUUUGCAGAAUAGGAGGUGAGUAAUCACUAAUGAAAUGAAUAUUUUUUUCUUUAUGAAGCAGCAACAGUAAUGUUACUAUCUAUUACUAUCAGUAUGCCACAGGAAAAAUUUCAAUUUUUGUGCGCUUGACUAGUGAACAAUUUAUUAACUUAAUCUCACCUUGUAACCAAAAACAACGGUACCUCCUUCAACCUCUUCAUUGGCUUCAUGAAUGAUGGAGAACCUUGGAACAAUGGUUUGUCUCAGGAAAUAUCCAAGGCUGGUGGUGCUGUAUGAGAAAGUGCUGGAGAUUCAGGAAUAAAAGCUUGGGCAGAGAGGCACCCUCAAUUUAUCUGUGAUUGUGGUAGCGGAAUGCUUGAUUCUCAAACAUUACCUAAUAAAAGAAACUUCUCAAAAAGUUUCUAUGAUUAUUCAAAAUUUUCUCCUAGCCUUGUGGGUGACAUGGUGGUGUUUUAUUUGGUACACAUGAUCAGGGAUUGAAAAUUACCUGAUGGGUGCAAUUCCUGGCAGGAGCAUGAUUAAACUAACACCACUGUGCAAGGUGCCUCACUAAGUAUCAACAAACAUACAAGGAAAAUUGAUGGAUUUCCAGGGGGUGGGAGAGAGGGGUAGGGGGUUGCCUGUCAUAAAAUGUAGUUCUGUAAUAAUCUUUCUACUUUAGUGUUAGGUGUAGUGUGUUGCUUCCUUUGUGAUGUCUUUUUUUUUUUUAAUCAUACCAUUCUUAUUUUUGUAAGUAAUAUUAGAGAUAUUGUAUAUGUUCUGUUUUGAUGGAAUAAAUAAACUAUUGGGAAUAAAUCUAUUCAGUCUAGCAAGGAGAUUUUGACUGGCAAAAAUGCUUACAAUUACUCAGGUGAUUGGUCAGACUGGUGUAUUUUUGUCAUUAAUUUUCCAGUUGUUUUUUUCUCAAUGUCCUCAAAAGUAAUAAUGGUAGUAUUAAUUGGGCAUAAAUAUGUGAUGAGCUCUUUUUAAGAGUCAUUUUCACUCAUGCCAAGCAGGUCAGGCUAAAAUGACCCUGAGUCAUGGCCAAAACAUAUCAUUUAUGCCCAUGGACAUAACCUCUGUUGCUUUAUUACAUAUAGGUUUGAGCCCAACAGACAGUUUUGAUGAGGCAAUUGCUGAUAUGAUUGUGGGUGGUGUUGAAGAUUUUUUCCAGGCUUUGAUAAAGGUUUUUAUGGAAAAGGAGGAAGCUAAAAAGGUACCAAAUAAACACAAUUUUGUUUUUUUGUUUCCUCUUCUUUAUAAUCUUUAUCACUUUUCAUUACAGAUCUCAAUACCUUGUUCACUUCUUACCUUCAGAUCUCUUCUGAUUGCCACUACCUUCAGAUCUGUCCCACCUGUUUUUGCUCCCCUCACAGCUUGCCCCCAUUGUCUUGUUUUCAGCUCUUUCCUUUCCCUUUUUAGUCUAGUCAACUAACUUCUUGAUCACCCUACCUCUCCCAUGCUUCUUUAGAUGGUGUUAUCAGACUCCAAAGUAUCCCUUCCUUCCACCUUUUCUCCAUCUCAGUCCCUCACACCCUCCUCUCCUCUUCUCCUUUUCCUUCUUACGCCUCACUCCCUCUCCCUCCUACCUUUCUCUCUCCCUUCCCUUGCUCUCCGCCACCUCUGUUAUUGCCUCAUUUAUUAUACCUUUCUCUCCUAUGCAACCUUGUCCUCAUUAAUUAACUCUCUUUCACUAGUUCUUUUCUCCCCCUCUCCUUUCCCCACCUCCCUCUCUUUAAUUUUUCUCCCAUACUAAUUCUCUCUCCCUAUUUGUAUUAUAUACUAGAAGUGCUUUUGUUUUAACUUAUCCCCAUUUGCCUACUCAGCCAACUCUCUCUCCAUUUCCCUUGACCACCAAUUCAGUGUCACUAACUUAAUUUAGGCCAAUUCCUUCACUUGGAUUUUUUUAUCCUUGUUUGGUCAAAAUUAUUUUGUAGACAGAGCUAAUGAAAGAGUUCUUGGAAGAAACUCUCGCUAACCGACUGCCAAAAUAUGAAAAUAUUUUAAAAGCCAACAACGAAGGCAAGGGAUUCUUUGUUGGUGACAAGGUAACAGUUUGUGAAUGAAAACAAAUUUGAUCUUUAUGUUAACAUACACAAGAUUUCUUUCCUAUACAUGCAAGACCAUGCAUUUAAGGCAUGCAUGACCCUUCGUCCUAAUUUUUUAAUCCUAUCUUCUAUUUAGGUUUACUUGAUUUUAUUCACAUUGUUGUUUGUGGAAUAAACAAUGUUAAAGCCUCUUGCCAUUGUACUAUUUAAAAAUGCAUCAUUACGUCGAUUAUGGCAAAUAGAUAAGUCCAUUUGCUAAAUGUAUAAUUUACUCAAAAGUCCUAUUAUUAUCAUCAUCAUUAUCAUCACCAUCACCAUAAUAAUUAUUAGCAUCAUUAUUUUUAUCAUUAUACUUUUAUUUCUUCCUCUUCUUCCUCUCUUUUUCUUCUCAAAAAUUACAUCCCAGGCUAAUAAAGAUUUAUUUUAUGAUAUCUAUUCACAGCUUACAUAUGCUGACAUCAUUUUCUUUGACCUGAUGAACUUUUUGGAAAAAGGCGAACCCACUGCCCCGAAAGCACUCGAAAAGUUCCCGUUAUUGGCUGCGCAUCACAAACGUGUACUGGAUGUGCCAGAAAUAAAGAAAUGGGUCGAGACACGCCCAAAAACAGAGCAUUAA